AUGGGUUUAGGAAUCGGUGAUCUAAAGACACUUAUAUCCAAAAUAGAGUUGACAGAUAUUCCAGGGCUUUUAACAAGUGGUUUAUUGGAUUCUAUGAAGAUGCGCCCGAUGGCAAGGAGAUUUAGUAUUAAAGCUGUUGAUUGCAUUGUGGAGCAUUUUGGGAGUCAAUCAAUCCUACCAUAUUUAGGUAAUAUAAUAGCAUUCAUUGUGGAGGCUUGUAAAGAUCAAGAAGUGCAUGUUCAGAACUCAGCAGUUGCGAGUGUAGCCUCGAUUGCACCUUUGGUAAUGUCAGAUGAAAUAUUCCAACUAAACCCAGAUGUAGUGAAUUUAUUCUUUGAUCCAUUACUACAACUAGCAAAAAAGAAUGUUACACCAUCAACUCAACUUGCAGCUAUAACUGCAAUUGGUGCGGCUAUUGAUGGAGUGAGUUUAAAUCUAACAGUAAUGUUUUUGCAAAAAUUUGUUGGACAACUAUUGCCACUAGCUGGAAAUCCUAAUAUUAUGGAUUCAUGUAAAGCAGUCGUUAUUGAUAUCUUAAAAAAGAUUGUCACAGUAAUAUGGAUAUUUUUGAAAGAGACCCCAUUUGGAAGCUCUCCAUAUACCUAUGAUAUAAAAAGUGAGGGAAAUAGUGCUGAUAAUAUUCAUGAAGAUUUAUUGAUAUCACCUAUUACUUGGAAGGAUAUUAACCAAAUAUUCUCAGUAUUAAUCAAAGAGAUAAAUACCAAUUUUACAAGCAUAUGUAAGAAUGUAAAUGUGAAAAUUGCAUCCAUUUCUCUUUUUACAGAAAUAAUGAUGUGUUGUUUUGUAGCCCAAGCUGGUAUGUUAAUAGCAGCUAAUGAAAGUUCUGUUCCCUUAAGGAAAUCUUUAAGUGGAUUAAAGCACUUUGCAGAGACUAUUAUUCACUCAAUUAAUAUGGCAGUAAAGGAAAAAUCACCGAAGGUUAGAGAAGUGGCCAACUUUUGUUUGAAAAAAAUUCAAGAAGCAAAUGAAAUCUACUUGCCAAAAUGUAAGGAGAGUUCAAGUGAUUACUCAAAUUUAGUUGAUGUAUCUUUAAUCUUCCAGUCUGUAAAGCAAUUCAAUAGUGAAAAUAUUGCAAAUAAUCAAAAAAAAAAGAUUAAUAAAGAUUUCUUCAAUAAUGCUACUGAUGAAAUAGUAGUUAGACAUAUAUCUCCACCACCCUCUAACUGCAAAGGACAAGUAUUACAAGAACAAUCAUCUGAAGAUUCUCAAGAAAGUUCAUUAGCCAAGAACUUCGAAGAUGACUCAAAUUUUCAAGACGCAGUGCCAGAACAGAUUUGUAGCGGUGAUAAAAUAUCGAAUGAACCAGAAUCAUGUAACAAUAAACAAAUGCCACAGAAUCCGCCACCAGUAUUAAUUUCUUCUCCAACUAAUCUGGAGAAUACACAACUUUCAUAUCUAUCGACUAUGAAUAAUACAUCGACUUCUCCUAUGUUUGUAAUAACAGCUCCCCCUAUGCUCACAACUCAAAUGUGUAGCCAUCCAAACCAAUCAACUCAAGAAUGGUUUGAGAAACAAAUAGACUCAAUGCGUCAGGAAAUUAGUGUCUUGAAAUCUCGUCAAAUAGAGGUUGAGAAUAUUGCACAUGUUCUAAAGAUGGUUGCAAUAAGUCGAGUUGAUAGACUUGAGGAUAGAUUACAGAAGUUGUCAGCUUUACUUCUUGAGAGUGAAUCUGAAAAUACAGAUAUAAAUGUAAAUAAUUGCGACAAGACCUCUUCAAAGUUCAAUUGUGAAUUAGAAAAUAGCAGGACAGUAAAUCAAGAUAUUAGGAAGUCAUUAUAUAUGAAGGCAAAAAAGGUCAUAGACAAAAUAUAG